GACUCCAGCCAAUCCGCUCUCGGCAGGUAAGAGGCCUUAGAAAUCACAGAGCCGAAGCCCACCUCCUCCCACUUCCUCCCAACCCCACUACCACUCCCGCUCUCGUCCUUCUGCCUGUCUUUCUGUCCCUCCCUCAGUCCAUCUUUCUGUCAGUCGUCCCGUCUGUCCGUCAGACCGUCGCUCUCAUACAUACUGCCAGACAUCACGUAGACCAAUAGGAGCCCGAGCCGUCAUGACGGGCAGAAGGGAGAACCAGUGAAACCCUUAGGCGUAAGGGGGAAGGGCGAGGCGGCUGCCCGGUUCAGGGCGGAAGCGGCAGCUCUCCGGUUAAGGCCGAGGGACGAAAGAUGGCGGCGACGUCGCUGUUCUUUCAGCUGCUAUGGCCUCUGCUCCUGGGGCCGCUGUUGUCCGACUUGCCGGCCUUCGUUGUCGGGAGCUUGAACCUGGAGGAGCUGAAUGAGAUGCGAUAUGGCAUCGAGAUCCUGCCGCGGCCUGUCAUCGGGGGUCAGAGCCAGUCUUCGGAGGUCGUGAUUGUCUCCUCCAAGUACAAGCAGCGCUACGAAUGCCGUUUACCAGCUGGAGCCAUUCACUUCCAGCGGGAGCAUGAGGAGGAUGCCCCUCCUUAUAAAGGGCCUGGAAUCCCUGAGUUGCUGAGCCCAAUGAGAGAUGCGCCCUGCUUAGUGAAAACCAAGGACUGGUGGACAUAUGAAUUUUGUUAUGGACGCCACAUACAACAGUACCACAUGGAAGAUUCAGAAAUCAAAGGUUCUGUUCUGUAUCUUGGAUAUUACCAAUCUUCCUUCAACUGGGAUGAUGAGACUGCCAAGGCCUCCAAGCAACACCGUCUGAAACGAUACCACAGUCAGAACUAUGGAAAUGGCUCCAAGUGUGACCUAAAUGGUCAACCCAGAGAGACUGAAGUCCGGUUUCUGUGUGAUGAAGGUUCAGAUGCUUCAGGGGACUACAUUGAUCGGGUAGAUGAGCCUCAGUCAUGUUCUUAUGUGCUCACUAUUCGAACCCCUCGACUGUGCUCCCAUCCUCUUCUUCGGCCUCCUCCAAGUGCUGCCCCCCAGGCCAUCCGAUGCCACCCUGCCUUACAGCCAGAGCAGUAUGGAGCAUAUAUCCAGGGACAAGUCUUAGAUGCAAAGCAAAAAAUUGACGAAAUCUCUGAGAAGCUUCACAACCCAGACCUUGAUAUGUGGAGUGAGACAAAGUUUGGGGUCCUCGAUACAAAGGGAACAGGUGUGACCCCACCCAAGGGUGACCCCGGAGAAUCAGAUAUCUGGAACAAGCCCCCUCAGACUGAAGAACAGGCCACCCAAAAGCAAGAGGCUCAGGCUGAGGAACAGGACCCCAACCUGGAGAAGGAAGGUCCAGCACCAGAUCCUGUAGAUGGAUUCCAUGACAAUGUGCAGGUCAAAGUCAUUCGGAAUCCAGGGGACUUGGUUCGAUUCAUAGAAGAAUUGAAAGGUGGGGCAAAAAAGGGGAAACUAAACCCAGUCCAGGAAGGAGAUGAAGAGACCACUACGGAAGUCCCCCAGGAGGGGCCAGAGAUCAGAGCCGAUGGUGGUGAAGAAGAGAGGAGGGAGGAGGAAGACGACGACGACGACGAUGACGAAGAAGAACGACUCUUGGGGGAAUUUGAAAAGGAGCUAGAAGGAAUGCUGCUGCCUUCAGACCGAGGCCGACUCCGGUUUGAGGUGAAGACUGGGAUGGAGAAGGAGCUGGAUAACAUCAUCCAGGAGGCAGAAUCGGAGCUGGACCCAGAAGAGCCGAGGAGUGCCACAGAACGUAGCCAGGCCUCGCAGGCCUUGGCAUCCACUCUCAACAAGCUCAUUCAGAGGAUGGAUGGAAGGCAGGGACCUGAGCAGGGGGAGGGACCCACGGAAGGCGGCACUGCCCCUCCAAGCAGCCCUCCCCCGCCUCAGUCCACAGAUGAGGAAACUGAGCGCCGGGUCAGAGUUCGGGUCACCAGACUCCGUGCUGGAGGCCCAAAUCAGGAUCUGUCUGUCUUUGAGAUGAAGCGGGAAAAUCCACAAGUGAAACAUAUAGAGGGACUGGUGAAGGACCUGCUUGAGAGGGAGGGGCUCACAGCUGAAGGUAAAGUUGAGAUCAAGAUUGUUCGGCCAGGAGCUGGAGAGACUGAGGAGGAGGAUGGACAUUGGCUGUCUGAUGAGGACACCAAGAACCUGAAGGAGAUUUUCUUCAACAUCCUGAUCCAGGGAGCGGAGGAGGCACAGAAAGAGCGACAAAGACAGCGUCAGUUGGAGAUCACUCUGAAGAGUCCUUCUGAACCUCUCUAACCUGUCACCUGCACCGAACCCCCAUUUUAGUGUCCCCAGAAAUGGAACAACAGACUGGAGCCGAGCUGUGGAGUCCAGGGGAUUCGGGAGGGGUUCUUUCAUCAGGGGUAUUGGGGCUGGGUGGGAUUUAGCAUGCCAUUGCUACAAGAUGUUUGUAACAAUAUAGGGUUCCCCUCAAGGUUAGUGUAGCCUUCUCCCUCUCCUAUAAUUUCCCAACUUUAGCUCUUUCCCCUAGAUCUCCACUUAUCCUUUCCUAGCUCUUUAUCUCACUCUCUACCCUGAGGUACUAUGGCCUAUUUAAAAAAAAAUUACAGGGGAUAUUAAGCGGGGCGGGAAGUGCUGGCCAUUAAUAGGGCUUGAACUGCCCUGACUGCUCUAUCCUGGGAGUUAGGGGUGUUACUCAUUUAAAAAUAUUCCCAGUAGUAUAUCUGCCUUUCCUUAGAGAGUUUCCCAUCUCCUACUAUUUGGAGUUACUUUGCUCCCUUGCUUAGGAUGGGAUGAUGUCUAAUUUAAAUUCUCCCAGUAAUUUCCCCUGCUUAUGAUUUGGAGGGUGGGGGUGAGAGGCAACUUCCUCCUCUGGUUAUUAUGCCAUAGGAGAUGGGAGAGGCCUUCACCACUAGGAGUUGGGGUUUCCCUGUCCCCUCCUUUUGAAUAAUCAGGUUUCUUAAUAAAGUGAACUGGACCCUGAAACUGUCUGUCUGUUAGAGGUAGGAUUUCUUUUUCUCCUCACACUUUGCCGAGAGAAGGGAGUUUCCUGUCCAGAGGAAAGGAAGGAACUCUUUAUCUCACCUGUACCUUGCUCAGCCUCUUGCUUGCGGUUACAUUCUUCAUAUUCUGCUGUCAUUCGACCUUCAAACUUACUACACUUGUUCAGGGUGGGGGGAGUGACAUGGACACAUCUAUUCAUGGCAGAAAGCAGUCAGGCCUAAGCAAGGCUCAGACGAUUUCUGCUUUAUCCUCUCUCUCUUACCUGUCUUUAUUAUGGCUGUUCUUAAUUCCUGCUUCCUUGGCACUGGUUUCUCCUCUCCUUCUACCUUAUGUCUAAAGUCUGAAACCUGGGUAGUUAGUGCUUGCAGUGUAGAUAGCCAGCCUUAGAGAAAGGGAUUUUCCUCCCAUUCUCCAUUCCUAGUUUUUUAGGAUUAUCUUCUCCUUCCCCACACAACCGAAGCCCACCAAGGGAAUCUGCCCCUAUCCUCAUUUCCAUCCUUCCGCCUUCCUUGCACACCUGAUGUUUUCUUCUUCUGGGGGGAAAUUAGAUUAUUAUUAUCAGUGUAAAGCAUUGGAAUAUUUUUUAAUUUUGGAAUAUAUGAUUCUAAGAAAAUUACUAGGGUUGGAAGGUAGGGAAGGAGGAGUCAAUCUGCAGCUAUAGAGCUAAUAACUGGGCAGAGACUGAUAUGAAAUGUUCAUUGGACCCAUCCGCUGUCAGUCUUUCCAGCCAGCUGGAACUUGGUGGGAAGUGCCAGAAUUGUGAUGCUUGAAAAGAUAGUUCUGAGCACUUUGGGAGAGAGCCAUGAUCAGGGCCAGCUUUGAAGGCUUGGGAAAGGUGAAGAGUGAGAGCCUAAGGAGGUGGGCCUUUGAUAGACUGAGAUAGUAGCUAGAGAACAACAAAUUGUUUCACAUAAAGGGGUGAAACUUUAGGGAAGUCCAGGAGAAUAUAUUCAGCUGAUUGAAGGUUAGGAUGAAGAGAGGUCAAAGGUGAGAGUAAAGCCAGGCUUAGAAAGGGUUAAAAUGAAAAGUGUCCCCAUAACUUUGGUUCAAUAUCUGACUUGUUGCUUCAAUUUAUUUCUUGCCUUAAUUAUCUUGUAAAGCUUUUUAACCCUGACUUUGUACUGGUUGAACAGAAGUCAUACUUGCAAACAGCUGACCUCAAGGGUAGGAGAAACCUUCAUGUUUCCUUGGGAGUCAGGUGUGAGCUGGUGGCAGCAAGAGAGAGAGAGAAGGAAGAAACCCUGGGGAAGGGGCUUUGGGAUUCAGCUGCAGAAAUUCAUGCUCAUCCUCCCAGGAGCCAGUAGUGGAAUGCAAAACCUCUGAGCCUGCUUCACAUGAGUGAGUCUGUUAUUGAAGGGCACAUCGUGGACAGACCACUGAAACAGGUGAUGCAAACUGAGAUUUCACCUCACAAGGAAGUAAAGGCUCAUGAAGAGCAGGUGUGUUAUCCCAGAGAGUCUCUGAGCUUGACGGAGGCUGCUACUGUAACAAACAUAUUAGAUACCUGUGGAUGGUUGGGCUAUUCACCACCAUUUUUCCCAUCAAAAGUUGCAACUGCAAACUGCUUUCCGAUUUUUUUUUCUUUUGGAAGGAGUGUUAAUUUUUUCCCCAGGAGCUGUUUGCAGAAAGCAGGAACCUUAUAAACCCUGCUUGCUUCAAUUCAUUGAACUACACCUUCAGUUAAAGAAUUAUGGAGAAAGAGAAGACUCAGACUAGAUAUUUUAACCAAAACCACUUCUACAGUUGGAAAAUAGCUGUAACUGGAAAAGAUUUGUCCUCUCUUUUUGUAAAUUUUGGAAGGGGGAAUUGUAAAAAAAAAAAAUGCCCUUUUUGGAUUGGAAA